CACAACGGCUCUCCUAUAACAAUUGCCUCUAUCCCACGAUCACCAAACCAUCCCCAUUUUCUAUUCUUGACUUGACUGGACUCACCCAUCAAUUGCAAUCAUUCGUAAUCAAUGCCGCCUUCACACAUCGCUACCGCUUUCGCCCUCGCUCUAGUCGCCGCUGUUGCAGACGCAGCUAUGGGCAAUGCAUUCAGUUCUGGUCCAACCGCGGAUGGCAACUUCAUCCGUCUCGCCAAUUCCACUUUAGUUGUUCCUGAAGCCCCAGUCCCACAGGUGGGACUGUUAUCGCUGUGGGCCGGAAUGGGAAUGAGUAAUGGAGAUCUCAUCCAAGCGCUUGUGGAAAGUUAUGAUGGUGUUGCCGAUGGAGAAUGCGGUCUUGUGCAUGGGGAUUGGUGCACUUAUGCCAGUGUGUUGGAAAUUGUCGGAUGUGAUCAAGAACAAUUGGGAGGAAGACAGAUCAAGACGAAACCUGGAGAUCAUGUUACUUUGAGCUAUAUGUACAACGAUCGCACCGACGCAUAUGAUCAAUACGUGUAUGUCAAUGGCGUACAGACUUCCAACUAUACAUCUUCCAAAGGAGGAAAAGCACUUGGCUGGGGCACAGCUGAAGAAUGUCAACCUGAUUAUCCUUGCGGUCUUAUACCAGCACACGAUUGGGUCGACGUGGUUCUAGAACUGGAAAAAGCUCAACCCAACUACUCCGACACCUUCGGAAAUGGCGGUUCAACGGGCACACUGAAAACCACCGACGGAGGCAAAACCUGGACGGGCUCUAAACUGCACAUCAAUGAAGUCUAUUUCGACUACCCCAUUACCUACGAUACUCCGAUAUGUCCAGAAGCGAACGCAACCACCUACACCAGUCGCGCAAAUCGUAGCUACACUGUGGGUUGUGACAUAAGAUAUACAGGAAGUGAUAUCAAGACUGUGGGAGAGAAGAGUGGGAAGAUUGCUGAUUGCGUUGUGUAUUGCGAUCAAGUUGAAGGGUGCGUGGGCGUGGUGUUGCAGGACACGACAUGUCAUUUGAAGUCUAGUAAGGGACAGCAGGUUUCAGCACAAGGAGUCCAAGCUGCAAUCUUGCAAUGAUAGAUGGGGAGGGAUUGGCCCUGAAGUAUUAUCAACGUCUGCUGUCUGACAUCACCGCAGUCUGUCUGUGGUCGAAGGUCAAUUUCGAACGCAAAGGCAAUGAUCACCACUCCAAGCGCUCGUCAUCAAAAGACAAGAAUUUGCCUGAUGUUUCCUC